UUGGAUUGUGUGAGGCAGAUUGUAUCUGUUGAGCCCAGAUUGCUUAAUAUGCAGUCUUCCAAAAACUUUCAAACUGCUAUACAUUGCAGUGCAGAAGCAGGUCAUCCACACUGUCUGUUAUGGCAGUUACAGGCUGGAGCAAAUGCAGAAGUUAAAGACUGCCAAGGAGAAAUUGCACUUCAUAAAGCUGCCAGAAGAGGCAAUGCAGAAUGUGUUAGUUUGUUGAUUGCAUCUUCUUCUAAUUUAAGUUGCUUGAAUUCUAAUGGUCAGACAGCAGCCACAUUAGCAGAGUUAUGUGGUCAUCCUGCCAUUGCAUCUUUCAUUCGCAGUCAUACAUCAAGCUUUGAUCCUUUGCAUUUUGCUACUCCCAGUAACGGCAUCGUUCCGCAAGUGGCCCGACUGAGCAGAAAGCGUACACAUGACAUGAUGAAUAUAGAUUCUCUGAAACGAUUUCGUAAAAAUGAUUUGAAUGUGUGCGAUAUCCCUCUUCCUCAAGUGAUAAACAAUUUUGCGAGCCAGGAAACCAUGAGUGUAAUAGAGCAUGAAAAAAUGCGCACCAUGGAGAUUGGAUAUUCAAAUUCUUUUCUAGAUUACAUGCUUUCAGAGUCUCUUGGAUGCUGAAUAUCACAACUUCAGAAAGAUGUUCAUUUGUUACAUGAAAUGCAUUUGCUCUGUAUAGUCAUUACUCUUCAUUUUUAUAUAUUAUAAAAUUGUUCUUCAUAUUGAUAUGCUUUUGUACUAUUUCCUAUGUUUAUGCAGUGUGUGGAUUAACAGAAAUGUCAGUUUCAAAAAAAAAAAAAAAAAAAUUUCAAGAUUAGCAGAAUUUUGUACUGUUUGUAAAAUAUAUUUUAUAAAAAAUUAAGAAUGUAUGAAACUUGAAUUAUGUAUAUAGUAUGUCACUGUUCACUUUGUUUUUCUAUGAUUGAUACUGAUGAAAAGUAAACUUGUUAUAAAGUAUUUUGCCUGAUAUUAUUUUUAAAACUUCUCUAUAUUAAAACAUCAGAGUUUUAAUAUCUGUUAUUUAGCAUGAUAAUAUCAUGCGGAAUAAUGCUUUUUUCACUUUUUUGUACUUUUGCUGUCAGAGGUGUAAUUUAGGAGAUGGAUAAACACAAAGACCAUACUAAUUUAUGUCAAAUUUUUAAGAAAACACAUAGGCAGUGAGAAGCAAAGGGAUGUAAGUGAACAUUUUCAAGUUUUGAGUAAAGAGAGUUUAAAAAGCAUGUCCUACUUAGGCUUUCAUUGAUUUUUUUAAAAAAUCAUGCUGUACAGCAGCACCUACCAGUGCUACUAGUACUAUCUCGUUCCCCAAGAUAAAGAGGAGAGGUUCAUGCAAUAAACUUUCAGUCUUUUUUUUCCUUUUUUUUUUUUUUUGAGCAAUCACAUGUAUGCAUCAAUAAACACAAAAUUACCUACUGUCUUGAUACAAGCAUGCACUACUACACAAGGACACCACCACCACCACCCUGUUAAGUAUUACAACUAAAUUUCUUAUGAUUAAAAAAUUCGUGUGUUCUUCCUUUUCUCAUUUUUUGUAAAAUUGUGCUCAUCAGAACCAAAAAUGUUUACUCUCAUUUUCAUUUG